AUGCCUUCAUCUCCUGCUCGCUCCAACCUGGGGGACCAGCAAGAUGGGCCUCCUGCAGACCCCCCCUGCCUUUUGCUCUUCUUGCUCAGGGAGCCAGCCUGUCUGAGGACUGAGGACCACCCCAGCUGUCCAGAACCCCGGGACCUGGAAGCCAGCAAAAUUGUCCUCCUGCCGGGCUGUCCUGAGGCCCCAAGAAGUCCUGGGGAGAAGGGAUCUCCAGGUCCUCAAGGGAGACCUGGACCACCGGGCAAGAUGGGCCCCAAGGGUGAGGCAGGAGACCCAGCGAACCUGCUCCGGUGCCAGGAGGGCCCCAGGAGCUGCCAGGAGCUGCUCAGCGGGGGCGCCACCUCGAGCGGCUGGUACCAUGUGUGCUUGCCUGAAGGCAGAGUCCUUCCAGUUCUCUGUGACAUGGACACCCAAGGGGGUGGAUGGCUGGUGAGUGUCAGAGAGAGGACUCACAGGCCAGGCCCACACCAGCCCUUUGGCCCCCAGGGGGAGCCAGAGCCCCCUGGAGCCAAGACAUUUCUCAGAGUAAGGCGCAGAGGGAAAGACAGACGCAGCGAGACAGGACAGUACAAGAGGGUUGCGAGGUGUUCUGUGGAUUUCUUCCGCUCUUGGUCCUCCUACAAAGCAGGUUUCAGGAAUCAGGAGUCUGAAUUCUGGCUGGGUAAUGAGAAUUUGCACCAGCUGACACUCCACGGUACCUGGGAGCUUCGGGUGGAGCUGGAGGACUUUAAUGGCAACCACACCUUUGCCCGCUAUGAGUCCUUCUGCCUCCUUGGGGAGGCGGACCACUACCAGCUGGUGCUGGGCAAGUUCUUAGGGGGCACUGCAGGGGACUCCCUGAGCUCUCACAAUGGGGAGUCUUUUCCCACCUACGAUGCUGACCAUGAUGCCAAAAGCAGAGGCGACCGCGCAGUGGUUGUCCACGGUGCUUGGUGGUACGGAUCCUGCUAUCGAGCCAAUCUCAAUGGACACUAUGUGAUGUCCCCCACCGCUGCCCACAAGUUUGGCAUUGACUGGGCCUCAGGCCUCGGCGCGGGCCAACCUUACCGCAGGGUUAGCAUAAUGCUUCGCUAG